AAAUCACUGUGCUUCCAGUGGUUGGGGCAGGUUUUGGGAUGGCUGAGUAGGGUGUUUGCCAGUAAGGUGCAAGAGGUAGGCAGUGAUGCCACACCUACAGAAGGCACAGGGGGUCAGCCAACCAAUGCUCUCCUCCAGCGCUGGCACUGUCACAUGCAGCAGUUCUUCUGCCGUAUCUAUGUAAACAUGAGAAUCGAGGAGCUCUUCAGUAUCAUACGAGAUUUUCCAGAGUCUAUUCCUGCUAUUGAGGAUCUUAAGUUCUGUCUUGAACGGACCAAUCAGAGACAGCAGCUUCUUGCCUCCCUUAAAUCAGCCUUUGAAACACGACUUCUGCAUCCUGGAGUGCACACAUCUGACAUUAUCACUGUAUACAUCUCUGCCAUCAAAGCUCUAAGAGAGCUGGACCCCUCUAUGGUGAUAUUGCAAGUGGCCUGCCAACCCAUUCGCAGAUAUCUCAGAACGCGUGAGGACACUGUGCGUCAAAUAGUGGGCAGUCUGACGGGUGAUGCAGAGGGUUGUACUGAUCUAGCCAAUGAGCUCUCACGAGCUGACCCUGUUACCCUGGAAACACAGGAUAGUGAAGAUGAGGGGAGUGAUCCAGAAGACUGGACCCCAGAUCCAACUGAUGCUCUCACAGAUAAAACUGGCUCUAAACGGCGCUCUUCUGACAUCAUCAGUCUGCUGGUCAGCAUUUAUGGAAGUAAAGAGAUCUUCAUUAAUGAGUAUAAGACUGUACUGGCUGACCGACUUCUGCACCAGCUCAACUACAGCACAGCCAAAGAGAUUCGCAAUGUAGAGCUGCUGAAACUGAGGUUUGGCGAGUCCCACAUGCAUUACUGUGAGGUGAUGUUAAAGGAUGUAGCAGACUCUCGGCGGAUCAACGCUAAUAUUCGUGAGGAAGAGAGUCGUCUUCCUAUAGAGGAACAGUCUACAUUACCGCUGUCUUCCAUGAUCAUCUCAUCUGAGUUCUGGCCCCAGCUGAAGGAGGAGAAGAUGGAACUGCCUGCGGUCGUCUCUCAAGCCAUGGAGGACUACACACACCGCUUUGAAAAACUCAAGGCCAUGAGGACUCUGAGGUGGAAGCCUCAUCUGGGUUCUGUUACACUGGAUGUGGAGCUGGAGGACAGAACCAUCACAAACCUCACAGUGACUCCCAUUCAUGCUGCAAUCAUUUUACACUUCCAGGACAAAGGCACAUGGACAUUGGAGGAGCUGAGUAGUGUCCUAGGUGUGCCACAAGAGAUGGUGCGCAGGAAGUUGGCACUGUGGCAGCAGCAGGGUGUGCUGCGGGAGGAAGGCGGAGGUCGAUAUACUGUGCAGGAAACAAGCUCUUGCAGAGAGAGAUCCGACAGAAGUGUGAUGCUCAUUGACAGUGAUGAGGAGGGAGACUCCAACACCGCAACACAGUCCGAGCAGAAAGAAGAGAAACUGCAGCUGUUCUGGGCCUACAUUCAGGCCAUGUUGACUAACCUGGAGAGCAUGACUUUGGAGAGGAUCCACUCCAUGCUGCGAAUGUUUGUAGCCGCCGGAUCUGGGGUCACUGAGAUGGAUGUGAAUGACCUGCAGGCUUUCCUACAGAAGAAAGUCAGGGCACACCAGCUUAUAGUGUCCACUGGUGUCUACAGGCUGCCCAAGACCACCCAGUAGUCAGAAACCAUAGAGUGGAGAUCAGAAAAACAAUUAAAUAUCUUAUAACUUCUGUCCCAAAACACAAAAUUAUCCUGGUUUGUAUAUUGUGCAAAAUAAUAAAAAGACACAUUUUGUAAUCAAA